UCUGAAAAUACUUCAGUCUGACUUAUUCACUGCUCCGGUGAACAGGUUAAAGUAAACAGUAACAUGCAACGACUUUUCACGUUUCGUAGAGUUAAAGUGUUCCUGAAAGGAAAAUUUAACGACGGCCAUUCAUUGAAUGCGAACGUUUAUAAAUUACAUCAAACACAAUUAAUGAACCACUUCAGUAUUUCACACAGAAAGUGGGUGGAUAAACGACUGCUGUGUACAUAUGGACCGACUGUUGAUCACAACAAUAUAUUUACGAGCCCUUUUCCUGACGUUGAAAUUCCGUCUGACUAUGUACAUCAAAUUGUUUGGAAAAAUGUUGAUAAUUGGCGGAAUAAAACUGCCGUGGUAUGUGCCGCAUCUGGAAAAUGGUAUACAUACGAAAUAUUAAGAAAAUUAUCUGGUCGAUUGGCCACAUCUUUACGGCGCAGCAAUUUGAGGUAUGGAGAUACGUUAGCAAUAGCUCUUCCGAAUAUUCCAGAGUAUGCUAUAAUUGCGUUGGGAGUGAGCGAAGCUGGACUGAAGAUGACCUUAUUAAACUCAGCUUAUACAGCGCAUGAAAUGGGUGUGCAAAUUGUCAAUUCGGACGCUACGGCAAUAAUUACAACUCCAGAAAUAUAUCCGGUGAUUGGAAAAGUUAUAAAAGAACGAAACUUGAUUCAGUUGCCAAUAAUAGUGGUAUCAACAGGAAGUGAGUCACGUCCUGCAAGUGCGAUCGAUUUUAACGAUUUAAUUUCUGAUGGAGUUGACGAAUUCAAAAAUACAGACAAUCAAUCUGUAAACGUUAAUCAAAAUGAUACAUUCAUUUUGCCGUAUUCAAGUGGUACAACUGGACUGCCGAAAGGUGUUGAAAUCACUCACAGGAACAUUGUCGCCAAUUUCAUACAGGGUGAACACCGUGCCUACCAUCAUGAUGAACCAGCUAUAGGUGAACACCAAGAGAUUGUACCUGCAUUUCUACCUUUUUACCAUAUCUUCGGCUUCGUUAUUUGCCUUUUAAACUAUCUGAGGAUGGGGGGUAAAGUAAUUUGCAUGCCUCGGUUCACAGCCAACAAUUUGUUGGAUGUGCUUAAGGAGAAUAAAACGACGGCAUUGUACGUAGUCCCGCCAGUGAUACAACUUAUGGUAAAUGAUGACAGAUUCAUAAAAGAAUAUGUAGAGAGUGUAAAAAAUGUUGUAUCUGGGGCUGCCCCCCUUGGAGGUGAACUGAUCAAUAAAUUUCACUCGAAAAUGCAAGUCAAAGUGACCCAGGGUUAUGGAUUGACAGAAACCUCACCAUUGGUAGCACGAGCCAAACAUUCGGAUUGGAACUCUGCAGGAUUAAUAACUAUAAAUACUAAAAUUCGUAUUGUUGACAGUGAUAAUGAUAACUUGAGAAUAAAUCUGGGCACUAACAAGAUCGGAGAAAUUUAUGUGAAAGGCCCACAAGUGAUGGCUGGAUACUACAAGAAUAAAAAAGCCACCGACGACUGUAUGGAUGGAGAGUGGUUCAAAACAGGGGAUUUAGGAUAUGUUGAUGAUAAAGGACAAUUGUUCGUCACUGGACGUGUGAAGGACCUCAUUAAAGUCAAGGGCUUUCAAGUCGCUCCAGCUGAACUGGAAGACCUUCUAUUUGGUCAUGAAAAGGUAGCAGAUGUGGCAGUAGUUGGAAUGACAUCGGAUGAACGACUUGGGGAGAUACCCAAAGCGUUUAUUGUGCCACAACCAAAUGUGGAGGUUACAGAGGAGGAAAUUAAAAAUUACGUAGCAGAGCGCCUGUCCAAACAUAAACACAUAUCUGAGGUUGAGUUCAUUGACAAAAUCCCCAAAAGUGCUGCUGGGAAAAUUCUUCGGCGAGAGCUCCAAAAGCCAAAAACCCAAAGGCACGAUUGACGAUCAGUACUCGUAUUCCAAUAAAUUAGCACAGAACCAUUCGUGCGUGCAAUUAAUAGCCACUAAGAAACUGGAUCCCUAGAAAAUCAGCUGAAAUGAAGUUCAAUAACGUGGAGUCUAUGAUAUUGUUUGGACCCCACAGUGAUCAGAUCCCGUCAAAUACAUGAAAAGAAAUAUUUCUGCCCAUGAAACAUAUUAUGGGUGGUUAAAUAUCUGAGGUGGUUGCCAACUAUUUCAAUCCUACCAUUAAAUAGGUUUUUAUGAUUAGUUUACCGUCUAUUACUAUUAAGAAAGUAAAGUCGUUUCUACAUUUUUGAAUUUGCAAUCCUGUACCAAAAAACAUUUGCCAAAUACUUCUAGUAUCGUUUUAGUAAUUAUAUUGUAACAGGAGACGGAUUUUUUUCUUGCGUCGAAAAUUGCGAGGUCUUUCAGAGUCCAAAAAAACUACAUUCCAAGAAAGUUCGUCGUGAGGCGCCACAAGUAUCCGGCCUGACACUUCGCCAAGUACCGUUGUCAUAGAAGGGUUAGGUUGUAUCGAGUUAAGAUAUUGUAAGAUUUUUGUGAAACGGAGAGUCGACACCCGAGGAACCAACCGGCCUUAAAGACUAAAAUGAAUAAAGACGAAGUUAUAUCAUCGA